AAAUUAACAUCGUAAUGGUGGUGUGAUGUGUGAUUGUAGUAAACGAUUGACUGAAUGCUUCUAUUUUUAUUUGUAUUUUGUAGAUAAUUAUUAUUAAGCGUACUAAAAUAGUGUUGAGGCUGCGGCCCUAUCAUGCUUUAUGUCGCAAUCAGCUAAAACACCAGUUUUGGCAGAAGAAGGUGGAAAUAAGAGUAGAAAACGUACACAUAACAGCGACCUGUGUUCUAAAACAGACGAUAUGAGUGCUAGUGAAAAGAAAUCGAACUUUUCUUUGUUGACCACGAAUUCCAAUGGAGCCGUUAAGACAACGUUGCCAUCUAUGCAGUCCAAGCCCGGAGCGACGACAAAGAAGUUGAUAAUUAAGAAUUUUAAAAGCAAGCCAAAGUUGCCGGAGAACUACCAGGAGACGACAUGGAGCAAGCUGCGGGAGGCCGUUGUGGCCAUCCAGACGUCGACGGCCAUCGCCUACUCGCUGGAGGAGCUGUACCAGGCGGUGGAAAAUAUGUGCAGCCACAAGAUGGCAUCCCAACUAUAUGUAAACCUAACAAACCUCGUAGAAGCUCAUGUGAAAGCGAACAUCGAACAGUUCCUCUCGGAGAGCAUGGACCGGCAGGUGUUCCUCAAGCGCAUGGACGACUGCUGGCGCGCGCACUGCCGACAGAUGAUCAUGAUCCGGAGCAUAUUCCUUUAUCUAGAUAGAACUUAUGUUUUGCAGAAUCCUAGUAUACAUUCAAUUUGGGACAUGGGUCUAGACCUAUUCCGUCACCACAUCGCUAUGAACACCCUGAUACAAACUCGCACUGUCGACGGCCUGUUGUUGCUGAUCGAGCGCGAGCGAGGUGGUGAUGCAGUGGACAUCUCGCUGCUCAAGAGUCUGCUGCGGAUGCUAUCAGACCUGCAGAUAUACCAGGACGCGUUUGAACACAAGUUCCUCCAAGCCACAGAGCGUCUAUACGCCGCAGAAGGCCAGCGUCUUGUGCGUGAGCUCGCCGUACCUUCGUACUUAGCGCACGUAGAGAAACGACUGCGAGAGGAGAACGAACGGCUGUUACACUAUUUGGACCCCUCUACCAAAUGGCAACUAAUACACACAAUUGAACGUAUGCUGCUCAGCGAACACUUAACCGCUAUCCUCAGUAAAGGCCUGGAGGCUCUCAUGGACGGUCCAAGACACUCCGACCUUACCACCCUGUAUAAUCUGUUCAGCCGAGUUAAGGACGGCUUGAGUGAGCUCUGUAGCCACUUUAAUGCUUAUAUUAAGAAAAAAGGUCGCACGAUAGUGAUCGAGCCGGAACGUGAUAAAAGCAUGGUGGGUGAGCUCCUCGACUUCAAGGAGCAGCUCGACCAUGUGGUGGCCACAUGCUUCCAGAGGAACGACAAGUUCCUGUACUCCCUGCGGGAGGCCUUCGAGUUCUUCAUCAACCAGCGCCAGAACAAGCCCGCUGAACUUAUUGCCAAGUUCGUGGACGUGAAACUGCGCGCGGGCAACAAAGAAGCAACGGAGGAGGAACUAGAGAGGCUGCUGGACAAGAUCAUGGUGCUGUUCCGGUUCAUCCACGGCAAGGAUGUGUUCGAGGCUUUUUACAAGAAGGACUUGGCCAAGAGGUUGUUGGUUGGUAAAUCAGCUUCAGUGGACGCGGAGAAGUCGAUGCUGAGCAAACUGAAGCAAGAGUGUGGUGGCGGCUUUACCUGCAAGCUGGAGGGCAUGUUCAAAGAUAUGGAGCUGUCAAAAGACAUCAAUAUUACUUAUAAACAGCACCUAGCGGGCACACCCGACACCAGCGGCCUGGAGCUGUCCGUGUACAUCCUGACCAUGGGCUUCUGGCCCACGUACGGCACGGCCGAGGCGCGCCUGCCGGCCGCGCUCACCCGCCAGCAGGACCACUUCACCAAGUUCUACCUCGGCAAGCACUCCGGCCGCAAGCUCACGUGGCAGCCCAUGCUGGGGCAUUGCGUGCUGCGAGCACAUUUCGCACAGGGUAACAAAGAAUUACAAGUAUCACUGUUCCAAGCUCUAGUGCUGCUACUCUUCAACGAAGGCGACAACUUAUCUUUCGAAGAAGUCAAAGCGGCUACAAAUAUUGAGGAAGGCGAGCUCCGGCGCACGCUGCAGUCGCUGGCGUGCGGGAAGGCGCGCGUGCUCAGCAAGGCGCCGCGCGGCCGGGAGGUCAAGGACGACGACCACUUCGCCUUCAACAACGACUUCACCAACAAGCUGUUCCGCAUCAAGAUCAACCAGAUACAGAUGAAGGAGACUAGCGAAGAGCAGAAGGCGACAGAGGAGCGCGUGUUCCAGGACCGGCAGUACCAGAUCGACGCGGCCAUCGUGCGCGUCAUGAAGAUGCGCAAGGCGCUCAGCCACAACCUGCUCAUCUCCGAGCUCUACAACCAGCUCAAGUUCCCCGUCAAGCCCGCGGACCUGAAGAAGCGCAUCGAGUCGCUGAUCGACCGCGACUACAUGGAGCGAGACAAGGACAACCCCAACCAGUACAACUACGUCGCGUAACGCGCGACACCACGCUUAUUUAUUAGUAUUUAUUUACAAGCACGGUGGACGGGGAAAUUAUGUGAGGACGGCUACUGCGGUAAUCGAUAUUCGAAUGUCUCUAUCGCACUAGCGACAGGGACAGAUAAAGUAAGGCCAACGUAACGAAAUAAUGAAUGUAAUGCCCCGCCCCGACUCGAAUUACCUCGCCCCGCGACAGAAAUCUGGCGGACUUCUGACGUACUCUCAGUACUAUUUUUAAGCAACUUACUCACACUAUGACGCAUGACGCGUGUACAGACGUGCCGUUCACACAUAGAAACGCAAGUGAUUUUUGAUGUAUAGCGUGUCCGCCCUGUGCCGUUAGUGUGGCCCCAGCAUUAGACUUGACAUUUAGAAUAGCGCCGUUUAUCUCGCUUCGUUGGCCCUACUUUAUUAAAUUUUCGAAAUUAGAUGUCCGCCGUAGCCACUCUGUACGCGACCGAUAAAGCCACUGCAUACAAUUUACAACUUGUAAUAUUAGCCAAGCCAUAGAUAAAUAAUUGAGGAUAAAGUGCUAACUGCAUACAUUUUCUUACCAAAACGCGGGUUAAUUUCGUAGUGACAUCUAGCGUUAAGUAGAGAAUUUAUCAGUUGACAAUAAAUAUCGCGACGAACGAAGUAUAAUGUUCAACAAUUUUGAGCUAAUAUUAUAGCCGGAUUAACCGGAACUCUAUUUUCAACUUCUGCUUAUAAUAUUAGUUGUAAAUUGUUUUAGCAAUGCAUUUUUAUUCAGUCGCGACACUCGUGACAUCUGGUGUCAAGUAGCGGUACUGAUAAAUCUACUACUUGACGCUAGAUGUCUACUACGAAAUAAUUCGCGUUUUGUUAAGAAAUGUAAUGGAUGUACUUCUAUCCUUACUUAUUUCUCUCUGGCCAAGCUCUUUCUUAUUCCUUUUAUUAGAAAGAGAGUGCUAAUAUUACAAAUUGUUGCGCUAUAUGCCCCAUCUAUUUUCUAUGAGAAAUUCAGAUCUAAUGUCUCGCCAAUGGAAAUUUGUCACAUAGAAUCGACAGAUUUCCUUAAUUAUAGAGAAUUAGAUCAGUUAUUUUAGGGCCAUAGAAAUCAGAUCUGAAUUUAUUAUAAAAUAGAUACCGUCAACCGGGGUAAAUAGGGAUGGCUGAAAUUGUAUCAUACAAAACCUGCGAUUAUUUUCAAUCGAAUAAUACAAUGUGUGUGGGUAUUUUUUUAAGAAAUUGUUAGGUAAAUCACAUUUUAAGUUUUGUCCCUAUUCACCCCAGCCAUCCCUAUUCACCCCGGUUGACGGUAUCUAAUAGAUAUCUGAUAGAUUAUCUGAAUUCAAAUGUUUGUGAUGGUUUUAAUUCUGUACUUACAUGUACGUUUCUGACCAAACAGGCCGGGCUGCACUUUACUGAAUAUGUACCUAAUAUUAUAUUUUCAAUAAAGAUGCAUUAUGUAUUUAAAAUGAAA